AAAGCCACGCCUCAAAGCUUCCUUGAGGCUUCCGUGUUGCGCAGCUGCUCUGGCGGCAUCCGGGUUGCGAGGGGCAACAGGUUGGUGGGAGCUGAGGGGGUUCCAUCAAGACUGAGGAAAUUCGUAUAAACUCUCCAGCAAAUAUGGCCUUGUUGUUUGGAAUCAAUAGGCCUGCAGUGGCUUAUUCUAUGACCACGCUUGGUUCAGGGAUGAUGAACGCUGUAUUUUAUUUCUACUAUGUGAAGCUUUUCCUUAACCGGUACAAGAUAUCUGAGGUUGCGUUUCAUCAAGCACAGGUUGUAUUCAUGAUUUGGAAUGCCAUCAAUGACCCGCUGUUUGGUUACAUACAAGAUAACUCCAAAGUACAGUGCUGCAAUCGACGUCGCCAUUCCAUACUGUAUGGAGCCCCAUUGUAUGCCUUAGCCUUCCUGCUUCCCUGGUUCCCAUGGAAAGAUUAUUCUGCAGGUGAAUGGCUUAUUGGCCUUCAUCUUGUGGUGGCACUGUGUGUGUUUGACGGCAUGCUUACAUUUGUUCUUCUAGCACAAUGUGCCCUUUUUGCAGAGAUGUCCAGCAAACAUGAAAGUCGACUCCAGCUUAUUAAGUAUAACCAGGUGGCAUCAUUGUUGGGCUCUUCAAGCAUCUUGAUUUGUGGGUUGGUGUCCGACAACAUGGAAAAUUUCGCAAACUUUCAAGUCUUUACAUUGUUUCUGGCUAUUGUAUCCGCUGCGUGCAUGUGUUACACCGGUGUGUUCGGUGUAAGCCAGUAUGAGAAUAUGCCGAAAAGCUUUGAUAGCAGUCGAGCAGUAGAAUCUGACCUCUCAUGGGCCUCAGUCUUAACCCUUACCAAGCAGAUCCUCACACAAAAGAACUUUAUUCUUUUUGUUUCCAUGAAUUUUUUUCAAGUCUUUCAUGGUACUUUCUGCAGCAACUUCAUGAUUAUUUUCGCUGAUAAUCUCAUCCCUAAAGAUGCACUGCCAUCUUAUGUAAGAAGCAUCAUGUAUGGAGCUGGCUUCAUUUGCCCUCAGCUGCUUGUUCUAACCAAUCACUACCUGCUGUCAAAGAUUGGCUACUAUAAAGUGAUCCUGUAUAUUUUCUACAUUGAGGGAAUUAUGUCAGUUUUGAUGUUUUUAAUUGGACCUCAGCAUUACUAUAUAUUGGCCAUAUUUCUCACAGCUAACAUGGUACUUGUGCAUGCCUCUUUUAGUUUGUUUAAUCUUCCCCUUGCUGAUAUUGUGGAUGCUGACUUGGAAAAAUACAAACGCAAGUCACCGCUGUCCUCUAUGGUGUUUGGAACAAAUGCUCUCUUCACAAAGCCUGCACAGUCCCUGGCUCCUAUGUUGGUUGUGACUAUACUGAACCAAUAUGGUUAUGAUCAUUUAUCCAGCAAGAACACUGUACCAGAUCCCAGUUUGUUUUUAGGACUCCAUGAUGCAAUGUUUAACUUGGCCUGCGCUGUUCCUUUAUGUAUUGCCGCAGUUCAGAUCUUUAUUUGGACACCGUACUCUAUCCGGAGUAGCCAUGUGGUUUCUGCAUAUUAAAGGAGAGUCUCCUGAAGGAUUGUUUUACUUAAUAGGAAGGACAGAGAACUGGUGCCUUAUAACAGUGACUUAUUUAAUGUUGGCCUGGUAUGGGAUCUGUUAUUUACAAUUCAAAUGUAGUCGUAAGAAAAUCAUUUUUGGGGUUUACUGCUUUUAUUUGUACCCUAGAAUUUGUAUUUAAGCAUUUACUUGACAGAUAGAAAUACUUGUGCUCUGAGUCACAGAUAUAUCAAAAAUGUGCUGUGUGCCAUAGAGAUGGCCUAGACCCUUAAGGCCAAGAGAUUAUUGGCCCUCUUUUGUGAUGCUAUGUAAGUUAUGGUGCACAGCACUAGUUGCAUUUUGAGACAGAAUGUGUUUUGUAAUCUAAACCCAGAACAACUAAUAUUUCUGAAACAAAAGAAAUGAAGCACGUAACAUUGGGUGGGUGUUUGGUGGACUGUGAGUGGGUGGGGUUUUAGUAUAAUGGGAUGUCAACUGGUUAGAUCAAGGGUGUAGUUGUGUGGCCUAUUCUACUGGUAUGAGGCCUGCGAUUCUUGAUGCGAAAGAAGAAAUAUUGGUGGACUAAUGGUAACUACAUUGUAGAGUGAUUCUAGCAUUGUCGCUCUACUGCUACUAACAAUAGGUAGUGAAUCUUCCCCUGGGGUUUGGCUCCACAGACACAUAUGGCACUUACACAUAUAAUGUGAUAUAUGGCACUUACACAUAUAAUUAUCCAGACAAAAUAUGAAGUGAUACACAUAUCCUGCUCGCUAACCCCCCACACGCAACGUUAACGCUCUGUAGGUCACACUAGAUUUGGGGAUCUUGCAGUCCUACCCCAGUAUGACUGACAUCUGAUGUUUCUGGGAUCACUCCAUUAAAUCUGUAGAGAUGUCCAAGCUUGAAGAUAAUUCUGAACUGGGUGGUGGGUAAGAGAAAGGUACACUGC